UCCAGAGAAAUCGGAUGGGAACCCCGUAUUCGCAACCGCAAGUGAAGCGACGUCGUUAAAACUAUUGACAUAAUAACCCUCAGUGUCCUUUCCCUUGGCCAGUAGUAGUUGGCCUGGCCUCCUCCCAGCGCCACCGGCACAGCGGUGAGGGCUCGCCUUUUGCCGCCAUAGUCUGCAGCGGUUUCUUAUAGCAAUGGGGAUUUUAGGCCUGAGUAAGAGGUUUUCUAGACUAUCCAAAACUAGUUUAAGUAUCCACUCUUCCUACUUCAAUCGCUCACGGAAAAGAGCCUUUUCAGAAUUGAAGCAAAAAAUCACUGAAGACGACUCUAUCUUGCCUGUCUUGAUCGUAGGUGCAGGCCCAGUUGGACUUGUCCUCUCUAUGCUUCUUACCAAGCUUGGGGUCAAAUGUGCAAUACUGGAGAAAAGUACGACUUUUUCGAGGCACCCACAGGCUCAUUUCAUUAACAAUCGCUCUAUGGAGGUGUUUAGGAAAUUAGAUGGUUUGGCGGAUGAGAUUUCGAGUUCACAACCACCUGUGGAUUAUUGGAGGAAAUUUAUCUAUUGUACUUCACUCACUGGUCCGAUACUUGGAACAGUAGACCAUAUGCAACCUCAUGAUUUUGAUCGAACUGUGAGCCCUGUAUCUGUAGCUCAUUUUUCACAGUACAAACUUCACAGAUUACUACUUGAGAAGCUUGUAAAUCUUGGUUUUCACAUUGUUGACAGCCACGGAUCUGAUAGGCUUGAGGAAAUCCUGAUUAGGGAGAAGGAGAUAUUGAUGGGGCAUGAAUGCGUAUCAGUUAGUACUGCUCAUCAUGGUGUUACUGUCACAGCGUCUUUUCUUAGUGAAGGGAGGCAUAUGCAGAAAGAUAUCCGUUGCAAUUUCAUUGUGGGUACAGAUGGUGCAGGAAGUACAGUCAGACAGCUUGUAGGAAUAGACAUGAAAGGAGAAAGGGACUUGCAAAAGCUAGUUAGUAUUCACUUUAUAAGCGAAGACCUUGGAAAGUAUUUGAUGAAUGAGAAACCAGGAAUGCUAUUCUUUAUCUUCAAUUCGGAAGCCAUUGGUGUUCUUGUUGCUCAUGAUUUGAAGCAAGGAGAGUUUGUUUUGCAGGUACCAUUUUAUCCCCCCCAACAGAAGCUCAAGGACUUCAGCUCUGAGAUGUGUGAAAGAUUAAUCUUCAGAUUGGUUGGCCGGGAGCUUGCAGACAUACAGGUUAGGGAUGUAAAACCAUGGGUGAUGCAUGCUGAAGUUGCUGAAAGAUAUCUUUCCUGUAACAACAGGAUAAUUCUUGCUGGUGAUGCUGCUCAUCGCUUUCCACCAGCUGGUGGUUUUGGGAUGAAUACUGGAGUUCAGGAUGCUCACAACCUUGCUUGGAAAAUAGCUUCUGUUCUCAAUGGCAUCACACCGCUUUCAUUUCUUUCCACUUAUGAGAUAGAACGUAGGCAGAUUGCCAGAUUUAAUACGGAGCUUAGUGUUCAAAACUUCAAAGCAGCUAUGAAUGUUCCUUCUGCACUUGGUCUUGAUCCAACUAUUGCUAAUGCAGUACACCGUGCAGUUAAUGAUUGGAUUGGUACCAUUUUACCGGAAGGACUACAGAGGUCAGUUUUGGAGGGAAUCUUCAGCAUAGGCCGUGCACAGGUUUCAGACUCUCUGUUGAAUGAGAAGAAUCCUUUGGGAUUGUUGAGGCUUGCCAAACUGAGACAGAUAUUUGACGAAGGAAAGAGUCUUCAACUCCAGUUUCCAGCUGAGGAUCUAGGUUUCAGGUAUCUCAAAGGAGCACUAGUGUCUGAUGAUGAUAGUUCAUCAAAUGCUCAAGAAGCACCUACUGGAGGCAGGAGGGACUAUAUCCCCUCAGCAGAUCCUGGAUCAAGGUUGCCACAUAUGAGUAUGAGACUCUUGUCAGACCUCUCAAGCAAGGAAACAUUUUCAACCUUGGAUCUUGUGUCCCUGGAUAAAGUUGAGUUUGUUCUCAUAAUAGCACCAUUAGAAGAAUCUUACAAUCUUGCUCAAGCUGCAUUCAAGGUGGCAAAGGAACAUAAAAUCUCCAUAAGGGUGUGUGUGAUAUGGCCUGAAAAAACUACAGAUGGAUCUGGAAAAACUGAGGCUGCAUUAGAACCUUGGACUAAUUUCAUUGAAGUUGCGGAAUUAAGAAAUCCACCAACUUCUGUUUCAUGGUGGGAUGUUUGUCAAAUGACAGACAGAGGAGCCAUUUUAGUGAGGCCCGACGAGCACAUUGCAUGGCGUACAAAAUUCGGAAUCACAGCAGAUCCUGUUUUGGAGAUGGAAAGAAUAUUUUCCACUAUAUUUGGAGCUCAACCCAGGCAAACAUAAUCGAGUUUUUCUUCCUUGUCAGUGGAGUUUCAUCACAGGAGGAUAGAGCUGCUUCCACAAAAUUAUAGCAGAACACAGCAUUUUCUCAUAGCAUGCCUAUGAUUUCAUUACUAUGCAUGUACAACGCCAAAGCUUGAUUCCCGAAAAUUUCAUGGGCUCUUUUAUUGUACUCUCCAUAUUUGGUGCUUAAAGAAGCAGCUUUUAUUGAUUUUAGAGGUCAUGAUAGUUUUCUGUUGUUGGCCACACGUGGAAUACAGGCUCUUGUUAAAACCAUAAAGUGUUUACUCGUCUUAGUAUUAUGAGAGUUUA